AUGGCUUCGGGGGGCUCGGAGGCGGCGAGGCAGCGGGUGGCAGAGCUGGAGGAGGAGCUGCGGCGACUGGCGGAGCGCCUGAGCCGCUGCCAGGCUGAUAAAGCAUUUGUGUGGUCUCUUUGGAAACAUCUCCAGGUGUCCAAACCAGAUCUUACUUAAUCUGUCAGUUUGGUUGUGGAAAGAGAAAAACAGAAAGCUAAAGUCAAGGACAGAAGUAUUUUAGAGAUUUUGCAAGCCAAAGACAGCAAAAUAAAAUCUCUAGAACAGAGGCUCACAGGACAGCAGCAGGAGAUAAACAACUUAAUGCAGAGAAAAAGUGCUGUGGAUGAGGAAAAUGCCCGUUUGAAGAAUGAAUUCGGUAACUUGACCUGGAAAUUUAAAGAUAAAAGCCAAGAACUUAAGGACACUGAGGAGUGUGCACAGAAGAAGGAAGAGCAAAACAGACUGGUUAUAAAAAACCUGGAGGAGGAAAAUAAGGGAUUAAAUAUAUGCUGUGCUGACCUGCUAAGUGACCUGGAGAAACUGAGGAAGCAGGAGGCACAAUGGUAAAAAGAAAAAUCUGGCAAUGAUGCCAGAAUAGAGAAUUUGGAAACUGAUUUAGGAGAGACGAGAAAAAUAAAAAGUUUACACAGUAUAUGCAGUAGCUUACCAUCUCAGGUAGAUGUGAAACAGGAAGAACUUUUCCAAAAUGAUUGUGAUGUGGUUGGAGCUAAGAAGGAGUUAGAAGAGCCACAGAAUCUUUACAGACAAAACAUUGAAGAUACAACACAGCAGGCUGAGCUGAUAAAGCAGCUAGAGGCUCUCAAUGCUGAUACACAAAAAGUACUGCAAGACCAAGAAUAUGCUCACACAGCUAAAACAACAUAUCAAAAAGUAUGUUAUUCUGCUGCAGCCAACCUCCCAGUUACAAAGCUGGUAGCUAAACCGGACAGCAAGCCUCAACCAAUGGCUGUUGCUACUAGCACAAAAAGUGGAAAGUGCACAGAUAAAACUGAUCGACCAGUGGAUGAUGAUGAUGAUGAUGAUGCAGGAGAAGGACCCUCAACGCCUCCUAACACAAAACCGAGAGUCAAAGCAACUGGCACAAGAUCAGAAGCUAAUAUUGAGUCUUUUUCUCUGAAAGAUCUUCGUAGCCUGAGGAAGGACUACACUCGACGACCUGAUGAAUCUAUAAUUAGUUGGUUAGUCCGUCUGUGGGACGCCGCAGGUGAAGCUACAGUUCUAGAUGGCACUGAAGCGAGGCAUCUGGGAUCCCUGUCACAUGAUCCGGUUAUUGACCAGGGGAUGAUGAGGGGGGCUAACCCUCGCAGUCUCUGGACACGAGUCCUUGAAAUACGACUUGGGCCACAAGAAUAUACAUCUGCUUUAGCAAUGAUAAAACGGGAUGAAAAGGAAGAGACCGUGCUGGAUAUGGCAAAGAAGCUUCGAGCAUAUGCAGAUGCCGUGCAUGGCCCCACACACGCAAAAAUUGCAGCUGUAGAAACACGUCUGCAGAUAUUAGAAGAUAAGAUAGAAGAGAAUCACAAAAAACUUAGAGAUGAGAUUAAAAAAGACCUUCUCCAAAUCUCAGCAGUACAGAUCAGAAGUCCUGACACUCAACGCAGACGUUCCCCCGAUCGGGAGAGAAGUGCCACAUGGAGCAAGUGGAUUGCCCUCAUCACGCAGCGUGCCCGUAUUGGUAAACUGAAUCGCCCUGAGAUUUUAGAAAUAAUUACAACCUGGCCUGAAAGUGAAAAUUUUAGUCUCACAGAUGAAGAACAAGAAAAAGUAACAAGGACUGAAAAAGCUCCACCAUAUAACCAGCUGCCAGCAAAAGAAACACGCUACGCUCUUUUCACUGAUAAUUCCUGUCGCAUCGUAUUUCAACAGCCUUCUUUAAGUGUGCUAGAGUGCUACCUUACUAUGCAAGAAUCUGAAAUGGAGCUUUUACAGAAAAAAUUGAAAAAAGCGAAUCUUAACCUAGCAGAGCAUAAUUUGUACACUACAGAUACUCAGUAAACCAACAAUAUAAGGACUGGAAGAAAGCAUGAGAAACCACCUGUGAAACGUUCAAGGUCUCUGUCCCCAAAGAGCUCUUUUAGAGAGUCAGAGGAGUCUCAAGAAUCUUAUAAGCUAAGAGCAGCCUAUGGAAAACACAAAGAGAGGCUGCAGAUGUUACAGACCAACUACAGAGCACUAAAAGAGCAAUUAAAGCAGUGGGAAGAGGGUGAUAGCAGGUUUUAAAAUAGUAAAAGCAGAUACCAUAAUACAGGUUCCUAUCAGCUUUGUCAAGAGGACUCUCAUGUGAUAUGGAAUGAACUGGCUCUUUUCAAAAGGGAGCAAAAAAAGCUAUUGAUUGAGAAGAUGAAUCUUGAAGAAGAGUUUUAUCAGAUGAAAAUACACCAAUCCGUGAAGCCACUUUUUAAACUUAGUGAAGAUGAUGGGGUCAAGGGUAAUACUCCAAAGAGGUAUAUGAGAGAAGUUUCACGUGAGAUGUUACAGAAGGUACAAUGACUAGAAAGAAGAUUCAAAGCUAUUGAAAGGGAAUUAAAGAGACAGAAAGAAGUAAAUAAAGACUUACUGAAUGAAAACAAUUAUUUGAAAGAAUCCUUAAAAGUGCAAAAGGAAGAUGCAGACACAAGAAAAAGAGAGCUGGAAACACUACUUAAGAGGAUUUGUGAAGUAAAAAAAGAAAAAGCAGAAUUUCAGUUAGUAAUUGAUGAGAAGGGAAAAGAAGCUCCCUCUUUGAAGAGGCAAGUGACAGAAGCUAACAAGUUGAGAAAUGAAAGUGAAGAUUUGCUGAGUCAAGUGCAGGAGCAGAAGUGUUUGCCGGAUAAAGCCAAAGCAGUGGCAAUCUCUGGGCAAUGUAAUUGCAAGAUAACAGGCACCAAGGUUAAAUUAAAAACAGCCAAGAAAAAGAGCUCUUUGGGACAUCAUGGAGCUUUUCUCAAACAGUCCAUCAAGGUUAUGAGUAAUGUAUUUGAGAACUUCAGUAAGGACAGCUGGGAGGAUGUGAAUGAAAGCAGAACAUUCCUUAAAGCAGUGACUGAAAUACCGACUUCCAAAAGUUUGGAAACAGUGAUUAUGAAGACAGUGAAAAACAUUGAUCCACACAGAAGUAAACAAGAAGAAAAAAAGCCCUGCAAUGUGGUUCAUUUAGAAGCCCAAAAUGAGCAAUAUAAUAAAAAGUGUACAGAGCAAAAAGAAGAAAUACCACUGUCUCCAGAAACUGUCCAGGGUUACUCUGUUACUCAACUACAGGAAAAAAUUAAGUCACUGCAGAAGGAGAUAGCUGUUUUACAGAGUAAAAAAAAGACAGCAGUGGAUUUCAUUAAGAAUGUUAAAGAAAACAAUGAAAAAUUAACAAGUCAUUUACCUUUGGCUGAUCAGAGACUUCAAGUUAAUAAACUGGCCAUAGAGGUAAAGUACUUUUCAUUAUAGUGUGUUGACCUCAACCUGGCCAAGUGGCAACAGGAGGAGGAAGAUUUACAAGGAAAAUUAAAGUUGAGGGAACAUCUGUCUCAAACUGCUGGCAAGAGUGAAGCUACACCAGCUCCUUCAAAGAACACUGAUUUAGAGAUGAAACAGCUGCAGUGCAAACUAAAGAAUUCGAACACUGAGAUCACGAAGCAAUCGACCACCAUUAAGUCACUAAGAAAACAAGUCCUGGAAAAGGAAGAACGGAUUCGCGAACUACAGGCCAAAAUUUCUCAGUUGGAGGGGGAUUUUACUAUGAAAAGAUAUUUGAUAGAAGACUUAAGGUCUCAUCUAAAAGAAAAUCAAGAAAAUGAGAAAACCUCAAAUGAAACAUCGAAAAGACUUGAGAGAAAGGUGAAGGCACUGGCUGAAGGAAAAGCUUCCAUUGACUCAAUGAAACAAAGAUUUAAUGUAGCUAUGAAAGAGAAGUCUCAGUAUGAGCAGAUGUAUCACAAUGCCAAAGAUGAUUUGGAGAAAUAGGACCUCGAGCUUAUUAAACUAGGGAGCAAAAUUAUUGAGACUGAAUGUUCUAUGGCUGAACUCGAGACUGCUGCAUCUCAACAACUACAUGGUAAACUGAGUACACAGGUUUCAGAAACUCUAAAGAAGGAGCUGCUGCUCACUAGUGACAGAGUUCAAGACAUUUACACAUUUGUUUCAACUCUAACCGGAGAGUUACACCACAGCGUACAAGAGCAGAGAACAAAAGUUAAACUGGCAAAAAAAAUGGAAGAAAUGAAAGCAUGCAAAAAGGGUCUUUCCCAAGAGAGUCUUCAGUUGGCAGCAUCUAUCCUUAAUGUUUAAACAACUGAUCUUUACGAAAUACUACAAGAAGGAGAUGAUGAGGAAACAGAAAAGACAAAAAUGGAAUUGGAAAAAGAUAAAGAAUGUCUAUGGCAUAUACAGAAACUUCUUGAAGCACAGUUUCCUUUUGCCUCAUACUUAAUGGAUGAAGUACUGGAAAAAUUAAAUGAGAAGAAAAAAUUGGUAGAAGAGUACAGUUCCCUCAUGAAGCACAUUGUAUGA